UCAGCGGAGCAACGUGCAGCUGGUGAAGAGACUGCUUAAUAUAAAGCCGAGAUACGAUUGGAAAGCUAUAGAAGAAGAGUAUCAGAAGAGAAAGCUUGUCUUGGAGAGUUUCAAAAGAGCUGCCGCUCAACCAGCCGCCACCGACGAUGAUACGUUACCACCGAUCAAGGGCUACAGAAGGAAUAGCAUGCCUCGCAGAGGCUCGCGUAGCUACAAUGUUUACCUCAGCGAGUAUCAGAAGAAUCUGCUAAGUCAACUCAAAGAUCAGCAAGUAAAAGAAAACACGCUUCAACUGCGGAAGCAAAAAAUGGCAGAGGAGCGCAGAGCAAAGGCGAGAGAGGAGGCGGAGGAGGAGGAACGCGCCGUUAGAGAAAGAAAGGAUUCUGCCGAAGAGAGAUUGAAUCCGGAGGAGAGUCCGACAGAAUUAGAAAGGCGACAGGAGAGGAGGAGACGGCGUAAGGAAGCCAGACGGCAGCAGAAUCCCAUGAUGACGAGUCAAGAUUCUGGACACGAGUCCGAUUAUACGACCGAGGACGAGCAGGCAAAGGCGAAGUCGAAGAACAAUAGAUCGAAGCCAGCGGCCUCCGAGGAGCAGCAGACGGGAGAGCUAUCGGCUGCGAACACGUCAUCGGACAGUCGGCCCGCGAAAACCCAACGUAAAAAACAGCUAAACGUGUGUACAAUCGAAAAGGAACCUUUGGACCUCGUGAUGGAAUCAUGGAAGUGA